AUGAAGGUCUCAAUCCUCACCCUUGCUCUCGCAGCCUCAGCCGCCGCUCACCCCCAGGCCCACAAGAAGCCCAGCAGCACCACUCUCACAACCACUGCCUCAGCAACCUCAACCACCGCAGCUCCCUCCCGAGCCGCCAUUUCCAACCUCCCCUUCAUGUCAAACUGGUUUUUCGGUAGCAGCCAAAACAAGUGCAUUGGCACCUUGAACGCCUGCCUGAUGUCCAAGUCGCAAAAGGAUCAGAGUGCCUGUAUCUCAGACUACCAAACCUGUCUCAAGUCCGGCACUUCCUCUGCUGCCUCCGCCCCAGCUUCCACCGUCACGGGUAGCAAGCCAACUUCUGCUCCCACCGGUACAAACACCCUCUCCAGACCUGCUCUCCCUAGUGGUGGUUUGAGGGCUUGGUGGGGAAAGGAGCAGAGCCGUCGAAAGUGCCGAUAUGAGCACUACAUGUGUAUUCGGGACAAGUCCAACGACCGAGCUACCUGUGAUGAUAAGAAGGCCUCUUGUUAUUCUUCAGCCAAGACUGCUUCUGCUACUGCCACCGCUACAGCUACUGGCUCUACCACUAUCGCUUCCAACACUGCCACUACCACUGGUACUGGCUCAACAACCGCAGUCACUUCUACUGUUACCGACGCUCCUUCUGCUGGCACUGACGCUCCUCUCGCUGAGGAUGACGGUUCUUUCGACGACGACGACAGCGACGAUCAAUAA